CUGGCCAACCCGACGAAUGCCCUCCUCUGGCUGAAUAUCCGAUUUUACACUAUUGCCUGCAGCUUCGGGAUGGCCCUCUCUUCCACCUGGCCGCGACCCAUUGACCAUGAUGCCGGCGUAUCUAAAUAUUGCCAUCCCCUUCCCGCUGUUGCAUCUUGCUUUCCCUUUCUUUCCCUUCAAGCAAGCAAGUCUUGUCAACUCUGGUCGUGCGGUUUGAAAAGCUAUUCUUGAAUUCUGUUCUUUUUUUUUCUUAGUCUAAUUCAUCCUUCUGCAAAGAGAUAGUGUCUGGUACACUGUUGACUCGAUCACGUCAAUUGUUAAUCGCCCAUAUCAACGCGCCUUGGUCCUCCAGCAACCCGUGUGGCAUCUACGAGCUGUGCUCAUUCUUGCUGCAUUUUCCUCAAGGCACAACACCGAUCUUUGCAGACGCUUCCACAAGCAGAAAACCAAAAAAGACAAUCUUCAUCAAUCACUUUGCUAGGAAACCAUCGUCGUUGCCGGUCAACGAUCAUUCUUUCCGACCAAGACAUCUAAUAGCUUCAUCAGCCAACUUCAUACCGCCGGCCUGACUUGCUGUGCCACUCCAACAACUUAAUCUUUGUCAAGCAUCCGUUAUCGUUGUUGUCGAUACCGUCGCUUUUCCUCUUCAGUCGAUUCAGACCAAGCAGCAAUCCAAAAGACCUCUCCUACUACUACCUCGUCCUUGGGUAGUCGAGUCUUUUCCUUCACCAAGCCCAACCGGAAGCCGCAUUCACCACGGCUCCAGACUGUUCGGCGCCUUCAUUGCUUCAGCAUCAAGCAUCAGUACCCCUCAAUCAACGCUCUACGUUGUGUCGUCGCGAUUGCCGGUCAAUCCCCCUGACGCCGAUCCACACGCACCUUUCUGAAUCCUUCCGAGAUAUCAAGCAACCAACAUCAACCUUGACCUAUCUGUCGAGGAAGCUCUGCCCGGUUUAGAACAAGCCUUCUAGACGGCAAUCGCCACUACAUAUACACCCUGUGGACGUUGAUCCGAGUACUGCAGUGUACUUGAUCUGCCAAUAAUCGACCAUAAUAUCUGUUCAGCAUUUUACCAUAUCCAACCGAGCAUCAUUAGCGCUUUUAAUUCGGACGACUAUUCAUUGUUCAACACAUAUCACAGCUCUACAGCAGUCUAACGAUACACCUGACGCAUUGUAACGAAACCAAAAGUCUCGACGACACGCCUUUUCUUGAGUGAAUACAGCGGUUAAUCCAUCCGAACCCAAUCUACCUACAAAAGAAAAGAAAAAAAAAAGACACAAUAUGUCUUCACCUACAGUCCAACUCUCCUUCACCCUCCGUACCUCGCCCAAUGUCCGCACUGUGCACUUGCUCGGCUCAUGGGACAACUACAAAUCCCAGCUCCCUCUGUCUCUGGUCAAAGAUCCUGCCGCCAAACCAGGUUCCUGGAAAGGCACGUUCCGCUUCCAAGGAUCGAACGCCCUGAAGUUGGGCUCCCGCUACUGGUACUACUACAUCGUCGAUGGCUACCACGUCUCUCACGACCCGGCCAAGGAAUUUGUGACGGAGAAGACCACAGGCCGCAAGCUCAAUAUCAUCGACGUUCCGGGCGGAGACAAGUCUAGCGCUAAACCAGCCCGCCCGAGUGUCAACACCGAAGUGCCAACGUCGCGCCACAGCAGGGAGAUCCCUCAAGGUCGUGCCCUGAGCCCUGGGAAAAUCCAACAUCCGAAACCCAGCAAGCCUUACGCGUCCCGUCACUUGCGUGAGGCCGACUACGAGGUUUCUCCCGUGGACGACCUUGACGAGCGCUUCGCAGGCUAUCACAUUGCCGACUCGUCUGCCUCGCCCUCGGAAUUGUCAGACAGCAGCUCCUCCUCCGGGACUGCUUUCUCGCGCUCUUCUCCCUCCAGCAUGUCCAGUGUAAGCGACCAUAGCUGCCGGUGUGAACGCUACGGGGUUACACGGUCCGGCCAACGGGUCAAGAUCGAUUGUGGCGGUAAGCGCUGUGGCGGAUGGAGCUCGAGUUCCUCCGAAUGCGAUUCGAACGACAGUUCCGAAGAGUCCAGCGAAGAUGAGCGGGAGCGUCGUGCGAGGAUGCGCAAGGAGGGGGAGAAGAGAAGUGUACCGGCAGCGACGACGAGGACAAAGACCAGUGGCGGGGAUGACAGGAGGAAGACUGUUGUUGUGGAGAAGAGACGGAGAUAGAUGAGUCGGAAGAGGUGUCGAGGUGACGGUUCAGUGAGGUUGGUGAGUGCAUUAUGUUGUGGGAGAGGAGACCUUCCUACUUCCGUGCCAAUCCAAAGUCAAACGACAAGACCACACGUCGGCCUAGAGUCCACCAAAUCAGACCAAGGCGAUUCCAUUAACCAGCAGCGGAAUCACAACACAAAUGUCCGAUGCAAGAGUCAAUCCACCCAGCCCUAGGCUGUGCGAUGGCUCGGACCUGCGUCAAAAAUCGCGGAAAGGGUUGGCAAGAUGGGCUGCGAUGCAAAGGGGGGAGAAUACAUGCCUAAGGAACAGGCGAAGAAUAGGGGUAAGAUCGAGGACGUGAGGCACGCCGUGACACCCUUGUGGGACCCUCCAAGGAUCCCUAAAGUCAAGCAACAAGGCACACGAGAGCGACCUCGGGGACCAGAAAUAGACGGCGGAAACAUGAACACGGGCAAAACUUGGCAACGAUGUCCAUGGGAUGGUCGGGGACUGGGGUAUUACCACUUGCUAUGCACAUAGAAACCCUCCUCUUGUCCCCCAGGACAUCGACUAGCAAUCAGUUCGGGGAGGAAGAGAGGGGGCUUUGACAAGCAACCCGACGAACCGACGUUCUAUGCCUGCAUCAUCCCAUGAAUGAUCAACGUGCUCUUGAUUGUGUAAUUCCCUCGUUCGGCGUGUGACGUGAUG